AUGGACAUGGAAGUCGACGAGGAGGUGGUGCUGCACCCCAUGCAGACCGAGAAGGCAUUCACACCCACCCCAGACUACUCCGACUACAAAGAAUCAUUCUCAUCCACUGGAACACCUCUCGUUAUCGACAAUGGUAUUUCUCCUGCCUAUUUACCCGCCGCCUCGGACUAUGCUGGACGACUGUCAUACACACCCAGUUGUUCAUGGCAGUGUCGCGCAGGAUGGGCUACAGAAGAUCGUCCCAGACUCGUUUUUGAUAACCAGAUGGCAAAGUUCAGGGACAGGAAGGCCAACACUUCCAACCAAUAUAUCGGGAACGACGUCUACGCUGACGUGCUGGCACGAUCCAAUGCCAGGUCGGCAUUCGACGGACCUGUGAUGUGCAACCCAGAGAUCAUGGAAGCGGUUUUGGACUACAUCUUCAUCAAGAUGGGUAUCGAUGCAGACCGAAUCGCACACCCUUUGGUCAUGACUGAACCAGUCUGUGUCCCUCACUACAACCGCAAUUUGAUGUCAGAAUUACUGUUCGAGUCAUAUCAAGUCCCCUCGGUGACUUACGGAAUCGACUCACUCUUCAGUUUGUACGCCAACGGACCUGAACAAUCCAAGGAUGGUAUCGUUAUGUCGGCAGGUCAUCACUACACACAUAUUAUCCCAGUCUCUCAAGGCAAGGUUCAUCUGGAGCACGCCAAGCGGAUUUCAUACGGGGGCGAGCCAGCGAGCGAGUACAUGUUGAAGCUGAUGCAGAUGAAGUACCCUACAUUCCCUAUGAAGAUGACAACAACACAAUCAGAGUUGCUGCAAAUGAACCAUUGCUAUGUGGCAAAGGACUACCUCGGAGAAUUGGCCUCUUACGAAGACCCAGAAGUGUUCAAGACCAAAGACAGAGUGGUUCAAUUCCCAUUUACGGCACCUGUGAUUGAAGAAAAGUCAGAGGAGGAGCAGGCACGACUUGCAGCCAAACGCAAGGAGCAAGGACGGCGAUUACAGGAACAGGCGGCCAAAGCCAGACUCGAGAAGCUUAUUCAACGGGAACAAGAGCUUGAACAGUACAAUGGACUGAAGAAUUCUAAAAUGACACUCAAGAAAGCGGAAUGGACGGAGCAACUUAAAUCGAUGGGCUUCAAGGAAGAGGCUGAUCUGGACGCGGCCAUCAAGACAACCGACGCUGCUAUCCGACGCGCACGAAACAAGGAGCUUGGAAUUGAGGAGGAAGAGAAGGAACCCCCCACUUUCCCCUUGGUAGAUAUUCCAGACGAGGAACUUUCAGAACUGGAUCGGAAAGAAAAGAAGAAGCAGAGGUUGCUCAAGGCCAGUCAUGACGCCCGAAUGCGCGCCAAAGCAGCCAAGGCUGAAGAAACCGCGUACCAGGAGGCGUUGGCGCAACAGGAUGCAGAGAGGCGAGAGAAGGAGCCACAAAAGUGGUUAGAUGAUAUGCACGCCAGGAGGAAGGAGUUGGUGGACAAGAUUAAGGCCAAGAAGCAACUUCGCGAGCAAUUAUCGGAUCGCCGGAGUCAUGCUUCUCAGCUCCGGAUGAAGUCGAUUGCUGCCUUGGCGAGCGAUGCCCCACCACCCAAGCGGCGCAGGAAAGGACAAGAUGAGGAUACGUUUGGACAGGAUGACGAGGACUGGAUGGUCUAUAGAGAGAUUAGUCGCGAUGAUGAUUCGGAGGACGAGGAGGAGGCGAAUCAAUUGGACGAGUACGAACAGCAACUGUUGAAGUACGAUCCGGAGUUUUUGCACGAGCACACGAUGAACGCAUACACGCCCAAGAACUCGUUCUUGCAUUAUUAUACCAAUGGGCUGGGACCCUACGACCCUGCGGUCGGACUUGCACUCGAUCAGACGUACCAACUGCACUUGAAUGUCGAGCGGAUCCGGGUCCCCGAGGUUCUCUUCCAACCGGGCAUCAUUGGACUGGAUCAGACGGGUCUUGUCGAGACGGUGCAUGAUAUUUUGAAGCGGUUCGAUAAUCAGGCGCGGGAUCGACUGGUGCAGAAUAUUUUGGUGACGGGAGGAAUGGGCCAGGUGCCUGGGUUAAUCGAUAGGCUGGAUGAGUCUGUGCGAUCGAUUCUGCCCUUUUCGCCCAAUCAGAAGAACUACAGAGUUAGGAAAGCACAGGAUUGUCUGUUGGACGGGUGGCGAGGUGCGGCGAUGGUUGCGAGGGAUGGCGAGAGGAUGGGCAAGAUCUCGGUCACUCGGCAGGAAUAUGAGGAGUAUGGAGGAGCGUAUAUCAAGGAGCAUGGCCUUGGCAACGCGCACUCUUGA